AUGAAAACGGGGGUCAAGAUCUGCGGUCUGAUGGAUAGCGACGGACUGCGGUCCGCCUGCGAAACCGGGGCCGACUGGAUCGGCUUCGUGUUUUUCGCCAAGUCCCCGCGCUUUGUGACCCCGCAAGAAGCUGCGGAACUGGUCGCAUCCUAUAGGGGCACGUUGCCCAAAAUCGUCGGGCUUUUCGUCAAGGCCAGCGACGAGCAGAUUGCCGCGACACUCUCGACGGUACGUCUCGACAUCCUGCAGCUCUACGACACACCAGAGCGGGCAAGGGCCAUCAAGGCCCGGUUCGGCCUGCCAGUAUGGCUGUCCUGCGCUAUCACAGACCAGAACGACCUUCCCACAGAGUCUGAUCUCGACGGCUACGUGAUAGAACCGCGCGCACCCGACAACGCCUCACGCCCUGGCGGCAAUGGAAUCAGCCUCGACUGGACGCUGCUCCAGAGCUGGCAUUCUCCCGCACCCUGGAUGCUGGCUGGUGGCCUGAACCCGGACAAUAUCGCGCAGGCAAUCGCUGCCAGCGGCGCCCCUGCGGUGGAUGUCUCUUCAGGCGUAGAAACCGCGCCCGGACGCAAAUCUCCCGCAUUGAUCCGAAAUUUCAUCAAAAACGCCAGAGGCACUUGCGCGCCAGACAGAAAAUGA